AUGCCUCCUAUUUCCCGCAUUCCUGCCCACACCUUUGUGUUUCAAAAAAAGACAAUUGGUCAUUGCCUUCAAGAGGGGGAGGGUACCACCAGUCACGUUGCACCAUAUCAAAGGGGCAGCAAUAUCAAAGGCAAUGUCAUUGUCACCGAGUUCAACUGCUCUCUAGCCACCAAGUAUGCAUUUGAAUUCAUACCGAAAUCAUUGGAUCCCAUGUAUUUCGUUGUAAAACCUCGCCACUCCCAUAGCACCCGCGCUGUGGAGUUCAAUAGCAACACGGGAUUGCUCACCAACUCUGGCAACACACUCCAUGAUCUCCUUGCUCAACAGCUUGAAGCAAAGGCCUCUCAAGUCACUGCAGAUACUACUGCUCCUGAGUCUGCGGCGUCCCCUGUUGACCUUGGUACCGAUACAGCUCUUCUGACCACUGAUCACUCCGCUGCAUCUGUUCCCCGCCAUUCUCUCACCCUCGUCAACGCUGAGCUUGGCUCUCGUAACGAGGUUGAUGUCACCUUCGUUGAGCCAGUGCCAGUGAGGCUCAGGACAGUGGAUCACCCUAGCCAUCCACGCGAUGAUAACGAUAUCCCCGAGAAGUGGAGUGUAAAUUGUUGUCCCAUGCGCAGCGCUGCAUCUCCCGCCAGUUUCACUUGCACCUAUAAGCGCGUCAAGGUUGAAGUCAAGGACGAGGAUAUGCCCCCUUCUUUGUUUUGUGGCUUUUUUGAGGAUCCGAAGUCAUCUACUCUGUGUAACACGGAGUUUGACAUUGAUCCCAGCGUCAAUAUUUCUGCUGGUGUAGACCGCUCCCCUUUGCAUGCAGGCUCCAGCAACGCCAACUCUGACCUCGCCGGGCAUGCUCAAUCGCCCAUGCUUUUGCCCACCAACACUCAAUCUACGCAGGUGCUUGAGGGCCCUGAGCCCAUCUCAGCCGAAUCUGCCCCUUCGGAGACAGUCCUUGGCAAGUGUUGUGCAAUGGAGUAG